UUCGAAAUUCCAGGUUUCUGUUUGAAAUUCGAUUCAAAAAACAUUUUUUUUGCUAAGAAAAUUUCGCCCCCAAAAUUAUAGAAUGUUCUUUACGGUGCGUAACCUUUCCAAUCGCACCUCCCAAGUGCUGAACUGUGCAUUCGCCCAGUGUCGUCUGCUGAGCUCCAUAGCGAGCGCUAAGGGUGUGCCCCGCCUGAUCAAGGCCAUACAGGGUAGCUCCAAGGAACCGCUAACGGCUUUGCAGUUGCGUUUGAUCGGCGAUAACCGCUAUGGCGAGGAUAGCUGGUUUGUCAGCAGCACGCCCAAGGCUGAGACAAUGGGCGUGGCCGACGGAGUGGGCGGCUGGCGUAAAUUGGGCAUAGACGCGGGAGUCUUCGCCCGGGAGCUAAUGAGCCAUUGCUCCGAGUUCGCCGAACAGGCUGAAUACGAUGGCCUUAAUCCGCGCCAGCUGCUCAUCGACAGCUACGACAGGCUGAAAAAAAAGCGUCCAUGUAAUGUAUGCGGCAGCAGCACCGCCUGCUUGGUGACCUUGCACCGUCCCGACUGCACUCUCCACUCGGCCAAUCUUGGCGACAGCGGAUUUCUGGUUCUGCGCAAUGGCCGAGUGCUGCAUCGUUCCGACGAGCAGCUGCACGGCUUCAAUACGCCAUAUCAGCUGACAGUGCCGCCGCAUCCGGCUAUGGAUAGUGUGCUCCGGGAUUCACCCGAACAGGCGGUGUCCACACAUUUGCCGCUACAGCCGGGCGAUCUUGUACUGCUGGCCACGGAUGGCCUCUUCGAUAAUGUGCCUGAGAGCAUGCUGAUCAAUCAGCUGCGGCCGCUGCAGGGCGAGACUCGUGCCGAGUAUCUGCAGCAGGCCGCCAAUCGUUUGGUGGAUCUGGCCAAAACCCUAUCGGUGAGCCCCACUUUUCAGUCCCCCUUCGCGCUCAAGGCCAGGGCCAACAAUGUGGACUAUGGUAAUGGCGGCAAGCCCGAUGACAUUACUGUCAUUCUAGCCAGUGUCGAGGUCCCCGAUAAACUCUAAACGAAGCAGAAGCGCCGCCAACAUGAUAUCAGAACUUUUAUACUUGCUAAAUUAGACGUUAAAAUUUUUUGUUCUUUUAGGCAAUUAUCUAAAUAUUAAUAAAUGACAGAAUGUAAUUAA